CCAGUCAGUAUUGUGGGGAGGAAUUUUCUAGCGUGUCGUCGUGGUUUCUACUAUAGUCUGUCGUCUGACUUGGAGGUUGGUUUCCCACUUUCUCCAACGUCAUUAAACUUCAGUCAGUGGGUAUCUGUCGUUCGUGGAGGACGGGACGGUAGAAAAAUAAAAAUUAUAUUCCGAAAUGGCAGCGAUUAAAGGGCGUAAAAGUACAAAUAAAAAUCCACCGAUAUUCAGUCAUGAAUUUGUUAUACAAAAUCACGCUGACAUCGUGUCCUGUGUGGCCAUGGUGUUUGUCGUUGGUUUAAUGGUACAGGUGACAUCGCCCUUAGCGUACACUUUCAUUGCCGUUCAUCACAAUGUAUCAAAUUCUUUGACUCCUGGAGAAGCUCCCUUGCCUGAGAAAUAUACUACAGGAUGGAAGGAUGCAUGUGCCGUGUUCUUCUAUUUUCUUAUCACUAUUGUGAUGCAUGCAGUUAUUCAAGAAUAUAUAUUCGAUAAAAUCACAAAGCGUCUUCACUUGAGUAAAAUAAGGCUUUCGAAGUUUAACGAAUCCAGUCAACUGAUCGUGUUUUAUCUAUCCUCUGCUAUUUGGGGUCUCGACAUAAUUAUCAGAGAUAAUCUUCUUAUCAACAUAACUUCUCUGUGGGAUGACUAUCCUGCGCUUCUAUCAUUUUCCUUGAAGCUCUUUUUUAUUGGGCAGUUUGCUUACUGGCUUCACUGCUAUCCUGAAUUGUACUUCCAGCGAGCUAAAAAAGAGGAAAUCUUCCCCAGAGUAACCCAGGCCACAGUUGGUCUGCUUUUUACCUUAGCAGCAUAUUUCUUCAACUUCCAGCAAGUCGGUGUAGUUCUAUUAGUCCUCCAUUACAUCGGAGAUGCUUUACAGCACAGUGCACGCAUCAUAGAAUUCACAGAUCGCAGUGAAAACACCGCUCGUCUUGCCUUCCUAAUUGCUAAUCCAGUAUACAUCUUGGUUCGCAUUAUUUCAAUCGGACUUGCUACUCUGGUCUUUGUGUACGGCUUACCGCAGACUGAAACUUCUCUGGACUACGCUGCUGGAAACUUUAAUAUUUCAACUGUUCGUUAUGCCGCAUUAGCGGCGAUAGUCCUUUUCCAAUUUGAUCUCCUAUUCAGGUUCGCCAAGGAGCAGAUAAAACGCAAACAAGAUGUCAACGCUCCUGUAGUCAGCAAGACUAAAUCGAAACAGAAGCCCAAGAAAAAAGAAGGAACAAAAAAAUCUACUCAGUCCGAAGACGACGAUCUGCCAGAAGUGGAUCAAGCGACUAACAAAAAUUUGAGAUCUCGUACAGCUGGAAAAGCUAAAUGAAAUUAACAUAUCAACAAUAAAAAUAGAUCAACGCUGCUCUCCUCCAAGUUCGUGAUUGAAUUUUAAAUGAGCGGCACACAGAAAAUUUUUACGAAAAUUCGGAAAAUAAUGAAUGAAGAAAAAGCAAAUGAUACAUGGUCAUGCUGUACAUAGGAAAAAAAAAAUGAAACCGUAGAAUGGAAUUAAAAAAGAUGAUAUAUUAUUUAAAAAUGAGUGUGUAUUUUUGAUCGUGAGUUUUGUAACAUACGACAUUUUUUAAAUCAUGUCGAUCUUUCAUAGAUUAUCACAAAGCGAUAUCUUCUAUCAAAUUAUAAAUAUAACGUGUCAAUUUUUCAUCGGUCCAGCAAAUCGAGCGUUUACAACACAUAUAAUGAACUUUUAUCAUCGCUUGUGAAAUUCCAUUAGGAAUUUGCCUAGACGUAUAAUAGAUAUUUCUAUACUUAACAGUUAAGAGAUGAUAUUUUUAAAUGGGAUCGAACAUAAACUAUGACUAUCGAAUUAAUGAUUAUUAAAACAUGAUGUUUCUAUUUUAUAAAA